UUUAAAGUAAUCGCACUUUCGCAGAGAGCCAAAGAAAAUUCUUCUAUUAAUCCAAAUCUCUAACGAAAACUCAUAUGAGAAAAAAAAUAAAAUAACAAAGAAUCAAAUGUAUUUAAUUCUUCUUCUUCUCUUCUUUGCUGCAUCGCACUCAUCAUUUGGUUCUGCAGAUUCCGCGAAUGUCUACGAAGAUUUUGCCCGAUGUUUCACAAACGAGACGAGUAUUUCCCAUAAGGAGCUCUCCGGCGUCGUUUUGUCCCGUUCUAGCGUUUCCUUCACCACUGUCCUACGCGCAUACAUCAGAAACGCGCGUUUCAACACCUCCUCAACGCCGAAACCAUCGGUCAUCAUCGUGCCACGUGUCGAUUCCCACGUUCAAGCCGCCGUGAUCUGCGCCAAAAAGCUGAAUCUCCAGCUCAAGAUCCGGAGCGGCGGCCACGACUACGACGGCCUCUCUUACGUCUCCGCCGUAACGUUCCUCGUCCUGGAUCUCUCCAAUUUCCGAAACAUCACCGUCGAUUUGAACGACGACGGAGGAUCCGCCUGGGUACAAACCGGCGCGACGCUCGGCGAGCUUUUUUACCGGAUCUGGGAGAAGAGCGAGGUACACGCUUUUCCCGCCGGACUCUGUCCCACCGUCGGCGUCGGAGGACACGUCAGCGGCGGAGGAUACGGACACAUGAUACGAAAAUUCGGGCUCACGAUUGAUCACGUCGUCGACGCCACGAUCGUCGACGCAAACGGCCGAAUUCUUAAUCGGAAAACGAUGGGAGAGGAUCUCUUCUGGGCAAUUCGUGGCGGAGGCGGAGGAAGCUUCGGCGUCGUUUUGGGUUUCAAAGUGAAACUCGUGGAAGUUCCAAAAACCGUAACCGUUUUUAGAGUCGAUAAAUCUGUAGACCAAAAUGCCCUCGACAUGGUCCAUAAAUGGCAAUUCGUGGCUCCAAGAACCGACCCGGGUCUGUUCAUGAGAGUGUUGAUAUCCUCUGUGACGCGGAACAAGACGCAGACGGUGAACGCUAAACUGAGAGCUUUGUUCCUGGGAAAUGCAAACGACGUCGUUUCAAUGCUGGCCAAGGAGUUUCCGGAAUUGGGAUUGAGGAAAGAGGACUGUAAAGAGAUGACGUGGAUCCAAUCACUCUUGUGGUGGAUGAACCACGUGGACGUUGACAAAGUCAAACCGGAGAUUCUACUCGAGAGAGAACCGGAUUCGGCCAAGUUUCUCAAGAGGAAAUCGGAUUACGUCGAGAAGGAGAUGACCAAACCAGAACUAAACCGGUUGUUUAAGAUUCUGGCGACAUUAAACAGAACCGGUUUGGUUUUAAAUCCGUAUGGAGGGAAUCUAAACGCGACCGCAACGAACGAAACGGCGUUUCCGCAUAGGCACAAACUAUACAAAAUCCAACAUUCCGUGACGUGGACCGAUGCUGGACCGGAAGCGGAAAGGCUUUACAUUGGUAAUGUAAGAACGACCUACAGAAUCAUGACCCCGUUUGUGUCGAAAAACCCGAGAAGCUCGUAUUUGAACUAUAGAGAUAUCGAUAUCGGGGUUAAUGAUCAUGGAACCGAUAGUUAUCGAAAAGGAGAAAUCUAUGGUAGGAAGUAUUUUGGCGAGAAUUUCGAUCGGUUGGUUCGAGUGAAAACCGCGGUUGAUCCGGAUAAUUUCUUUAGGAAUGAGCAGAGUAUACCAACUUUACCUCCCAAGAGAAGAUCGACAAUGUCACCGUUGUAACUUCUCUCUAGUGUUUCUUCAUGGAACUUGGAAUUAUUAUUUAAUAGAUUUAGCUGGAGCGAUAUUUAUCAUGGCACAUACUUUGUCAUAUUACACGUUUUGCCGAACGUUAAUUAUGUUAACCAAAUAGUCAACAAUCUU